AUGCCAUCACACACACUACUCAACAAUCUGUUGAAGUCUCUCAUCAUCUCAGGCUUGCUCAUACAUCUCAUCUCCAUCUCCUCAUUCAACAACAACAAUUCUUUGCUCUACACAUCCAUCAGCCUUACCAAGCCUUCCUCUUCCGAUCAUCCUCUUCCUCCUUGUAAUGCAACACACAUAGUAUUCGGAAUUGCAGCAACAGCAUCCACUUGGAGCCACAGAAAGCACUCCGUCGAGUCAUGGUGGCGCCCUAACCUAACCCGAGGCUACGUCUUCCUCGAUAAGAUCAAGCCAGAGCUCCUCCCAUGGCCGAACCACACUCUCCCACCAUUCCAUGUCUCCCAGGACACAUCGAGAUACAAGGACCACGACAAGCACCUCGCGCGCGAUGCCAUCCGUAUGGCGCGCAUUGUAACAGAGCUUUUCGAGAUCGAGGAGGCCGGCCUGAGGUGGUUUGUGAUGGCCGACGACGACACGGUCUUAUUCGUGGAUAAUUUGGUUGAUGUUCUAAACAGAUACGAUCACCGGAAAUUCUUAUAUAUUGGAAUGAAUUCGGAGACGCACGCUUCCAAUGUGAUGCACUCUUUCGAGAUGGCGUUUGGUGGCGCCGGAUACGCCCUCAGCUACCCUCUCGCGGCUGCGCUGGCCGCGAACAUGGACGUAUGCCUCAAACGCUACCCGGAUCUGUACGGAAGCGACCAUAUAAUUCAAUCGUGCGUCGCUGAUUUGGGGGUUUCCAUCACCAGAGAGUUAGGGUUCCACCAGAUCGACCUCCACCGCGAUAUAUCAGGAUUUCUAUCGUCGCAUCCCCGUGCACCGCUGGUGUCGCUGCACCACCUGGAUCAGGUGGAGCCAAUAUUUCCGGCGAUGAGCAGAGACGAAUCGCUGAAACACCUGAUGGCGGCGGCGAGGGCGGACGAAUCGAGGCUGCUGCAGCAGAGCAUCUGCUACGACGAGUUGAAGAACUGGACGAUCUCGAUCGCGUGGGGGUAUUCCGUCCAGAUCUACGAGGCGAUCGUCAACCCUAGUGCGCUGCAGAGGCCGAUCGAGACGUUCGUGCCGUGGACGAAGUUCGCGAGGCCGUUCUUCGUGUUCAACACGCGCGGCCUCCCUUCCAGACACCCGUGCGAUGCUCCGCAUCAGUUUUUCUUCCGAUCUGUAGAGAGAGGAAGGCGAGUGGUGACGAGAUAUGGCAGAGCGCGGCCGCGGGGGUUGCCUGCUUGCUCUGUCACCGGGAAUCACUCGGCGGAGUUCGUCGCCGACGUCGUCGUCUCCUCCCCUGCUGCCAAAUUUGAUGUGGUGAGUUUUUUUGUCACUUUAAUUUUUGGAUUUCUUUUGUUCACGUUUGAUUUUGGAGUUGUUGAUCAGAUUGGGAAUAGGAGGGAAUGCUGCGACGUUUUGAAUGUGCAAGGCGGGAAUGCUACAGAGAUCAAGUUUCGAGAUUGUCGUCAAAAUGAAAUUAUUCCUUGA